UUCAAUCACAAACGAAGCAGUUCUUUUGAAAUCAAGUUAGACUGACCUGUAGUGCUGACGGAGGAUUAGGGAUAGCGUUUGUUUGAGUUCAGUUUGGAAGUGGAAAUUUUGCAAUGACUACCUGGCGUGUAUAGCAAAAUAGGAGCCAGAGUCCCUGUUCCAUAUGGCUGUGUAUGAUGAGAACAUCCUGAAGAACCCUUUCUACCUGGCCUUGGAGAAGCAGCGGCCGGACCUAUGCAGCAGAGUGGCGGAGCUCCACGGCAUUGUGCUGGUUCCAUGCAGUGGGAGUCUGUCCGUCAGCACCUACUCCCCAGCCCAGUUUGAGGGCUACAUACUGCAGCCUGUGGACGGGGGAUACCAGACCCUGGAUGGGAAGGAGAUAGCCAUUCAGGACGGCCUGGUGAAGCUGGGGGCGGGCUUCCAGGCCCCCGCCGCGGUGCCCGUCCUGUUUGAGGAGACCUUCUACAACGAGAAGGAGCAGAGCUACAGCAUCCUGUGCAUCGCGCGGCCCAUCGAAACCGAGCAGAGCCUGGUGGAGGAGGUCCCCACGCCCGCGCCGUAUUGCUUGAAGAAUGUGGACGACGUCAAGGAGUUCCUUGGCCGCCAUGCCGAAAAACUGGACAAGUUCAUUUUGACCUUCCGACACUCCUUCAAGGAGCAGGAGAGGAAGGGACUGCGGCACCACAUCGACUCUGUGAAUGCACUUUACACAAAAUGUCUUCAGUGCUUGCUGAGAGACUCCCGUCUGAAAGUACUGGCCAAGCAGGAGUUACAAAUGGCCCUUCUCAAGCAAGCUGUGGAGAUGUACAUACAUCAUGGUAUCCAUGAUUACAUCUUUAAGUACGUGGGAACUAUUGAAGCAAGUCAGGAUGCAGCUUUCAAUAAAAUCACCAGAAGUCUGCAGGACCUGCAGCAGAAAGACUUGGGUGUUAAAUCUGAAUUCAGCAUUAACAUCCCGCGGGCGAAGAGGGAGCUCAGUCAGCUGAACCGCUGCGCCUCCCCCCAGCAGAAGCUGCUGUGUCUGCGCAAGGUGGCCCUCACCAUAAUGCAGUCCCCCAGCCGCACCGUUAACAUAGAGGCCAUGUGUGCGGACGAUCUUCUCUCUGUCCUCCUGUAUUUGUUGGUGAAAACGGAAAUACCCAACUGGAUGGCCAACCUCAGUUACGUCAAGAACUUCCGCUUCUGUAACUCGGCCAAGGAUGACCUGAGCUACUGCCUGACGUCGUUUGAAGCUGCUGUAGCGUACAUCAGCCAGGGGAACCUCAGCCCAGGUGCCACGGGGUCCGGGGAGCUGAAUGACAAGGUGGCCCUCCGGCAGAAGAUGAACCUGCUCUCUCAGAGCGCUGCCACGCCCAUCGACCGCCUGUUUGAGCACAUCGCUAACGGAAGCGAAGCGGAGGUGCGGCGGUUGCUGAGUGAGGGUGAGAGCGAGGAGGACGGAGCUCAGCUCUGCCACCCGCUGUGCUCCUGCGACCAGUGCGAGCGCCACCUGUCUGGGAGGCUGAACGACCCCUCCAUCGUCACCCCGUUCUCCCGAGACGACAGGGGCUACACGCCGCUCCACGUUGCUGCUAUCUGUGGUCAGUCCGCGCUGAUCGACCUGCUGGUGUCGAAGGGCGCGCUGGUCAACGCCACGGACUACCACGCCUUCACGCCGCUGCACCUGGCCUGUCAGAAGGGAUACCAGGGCGUGACGUUACUCCUCCUGCACUAUAAGGCCAGCACAGAGGUACAGGACAACAACGGGAACACUCCCCUGCACCUGGCCUGCAUGUACGGACACGAGGAUUGUGUGAAGGCCCUGGUGUACUACGACCUGCAGUCCUGCAGGCUGGACCUCCAGAAUGAUAAGGGGGACACGGCUCUGCACAUCGCGGCGCGCUGGGGCUACGAGGGCAUCCUGGAGGUGCUGCUGGAGAACCGGGCCAGCACCGCGCUCCAGAACCGGGCCAAGGACACGCCCCUGCAGUGCGCCCUCAACCCCAAAAUCCUGGCCCUGUUGGAGCUCACACACAACGGGUCGCUCAGAGGAGGAAGCUCCGGUGAGUCCCCAAACAGGUCCCCUCAGCCCUCGGGGGGGUCCAACAGCCGGCGCUCCUCUGUGUCCAGCACCUCCUCCCUCAACACCGACGUCAGGCCUGAGGCCGACAGGGUGCGGCACAAAGAGGUGGAGAAGCUGUUGCGGGCCGUGGCAGAUGGUGACGUGGAGAUGGUGCGCUACCUGCUGGAGUGGCUGGACGAGGAGCCCGAGGACGAGGAGGCGGGGCCACCCGCGCAGACCGAGCUGUGCCACCCUCUGUGCCAGUGCCCCCGCUGCGAGCCCACGCAGAAGAAGCUGGCCAGCCUGCAGACGAGCGGUCUGAGUGUGAACAGCAGCUCGGCGGACGGUUUCACGCCGCUGCACGUGGCGGCGCUGCACGGCCACACCGCGCUGGUCUCGCUGCUCAUCCGCCACGGCGCCAGCGUCAACGCCCGCAACAACCAGAGCGCCACGCCGCUGCACCUGGCCUGCCAGAACAGUCACACACAGGUGGUGACAUCAUUACUGGAGUGUAACGCUAAGCUGAAUAAGAAGGACCAGUAUGGGAACACUCCUCUAAUCCACACCUGUCUUAAAGGACACCUAGAUACCGCCGCCAUUUUGCUCAAGAGCAGCGCCUCGCUCAACAUCGCCAACAGCCAGGGCAACACGGCCCUGCACGAGGCGGUGCGCGGGGGCCACCUGGGCCUGGUGGAGCUGCUGCUGCAGGGCGGGGCCUGCGUCCACCUGAGGAACAAGAGGCAGAGGACCCCGCUGGACUGCGCGCUGGAGAUCGGAGGCAAGAACACAGAGAUAGUGAGGAGUCUGCAGAUGGCACUGGGCCUUUCUCCUGAGGAGCAUCCCAUCGCCAUGCUGUCUGUGCCCAGAGGAGCUCUGGGGAAGACCCAGUCGUUCGUGCGGAGGCUGAGAGCCCUGGAGGACCCACACGCCCGUCGGCGGGAGCUGGCCCACACCAUCCACCGGGUGCAUAAGAUGAAGAAGGGCAUGCUGAGGGACGCGAGCGUGCCGUCCUUCGACUCCGCGCACGUCAGCCCGCCCCCCGCCAGUCGGCCCCAGAGGGGGAAGCUGAGGCGGGGCGAGACACUGGAGAGGAGCGGACCCUUUGCCCCGCCCGCGGACCUGACGGACGGGUGCCGGGCGAAGGAGAGGCCCGCCAUUCAUGCGAAGACCUUCGACCGCUGCCCCACCGCCGUCGUCACGGAGCACCCCCCGAAACCCCUGAGCGCGGUGCUGGACCACCGCCCCACGGACACGGGGGAGGCGCACCACUCGGACUCCCCCCACGCCCCCCAGCUCAAUGGAGACAGCGAGGAGGACCCUCACCCCCCCUCAGAACAGGGCGGGCAGGGCACCGGCUGCAGUGUGCAGGGCACGCCCAAAGAAAUGGAAGACCUGGUGUCAAAAACACUGUGAGCACAGCCCGGGAGUGGGGCUGGGGGGCGAGCCAGGGGGUCAUAGAGCAGAAACACUCUCUCUCUCUCUCUCCUGGACAGUUUCAGCUGUGGAGACCAGCCCUCACAGCUGGUCAGAAGGAUCUGUAAUUUGCUUCUUUUUCCAAGCACUGUCUUUCACUUUAUCAUAUCAAGCCUUUACUGAAAAAGGGACGCAGAACAGAGCAUGUUCCUGACCUCUUAUAAAUAUUUCGGUUUUCGAUUUCUCCCCACAGAAUAAAUGGGCAGGUGUGUGUGUGUGUGUGUGUGUGUGUGUGUGAGGGUGUGCUUGCACAAUGAACUCUGUGUGUGUGUGUGUGCACGUGCAUGCGCAUGUGUGUGCGUGUGUGCGUGCGCAAUGAACUGUGUGUGUGUGUGUGUGUGUACAUGUGAGGUGAAUGAAAACCGCGUAAAUAAGUCAGGCACAGCUCGUCAUGUUCUAAACCUUCAUUUGCUUGACAUGGUGAAAAUCUGCGAGCCGCACACACACAGUUAAUUUAGGUCUUAUGAGUUUUAAUUUGCAAAUAUAGUGGUCUAUUUUUUUAAAAAAAAAGGUCUUUCAAAUAGUUAAGCAUUCCAUGAAGACCUCAGGGUUUAAUUUGAAAUGAGUGCUGUUUAUUUCGCUGGCUGCAGCAUCGCGCUCCCCGUGUGCCCCAUAAACAACUUGUGCUCCGCCAUCGCCAGACAAAGCACAGGAGAAGCUAACAGCGAACGGACAUGAAAGAAUGACAGGGUAGAAAUGUGCAGACUUCUCUAUUGUUAAGGCUGUGUCUGUGUGAGGUGGAAAUGCUAAGUUUCGCUGUGCUGUAUGCAAUUAAGUUGGCUAGAAUGAGAUCGGUGUAUUCAUAAAGCAUUUGUGAGAGUUUGAAUGCUAUUUUCCCGUAAAAGUCGUCACGGAUAAGGUUCAACUGUGGACAGAGGAAACUUGAUCCAAGAUCAAUACUCCCGCUCUCCGAUGGUUUAUGAAUACAGGGGCCAGAGCUUUAAUGGCUAAAAUCUUAACUGUUUAGUCAAUUGAAGUUUCAUUCUGCAUCCACCUGGUUUUGCCAGAGGAAAUAAUGUAUUAUAAUGAAUAGUAAAUUAGAAAACUACCACAGAAAAUCAGUUUGAUCUCUUUGAUGUAGUGUUAUUAAAUAAAGCUAAAUAACAGCUACUGGGGGUUGGAGGGAGAAUGUGAACAGUGUUAUUUUUUAAGGUUGCCUGUGCUCAGCCACUUGCACAUUCAGUAAACUAGCAUUGUAGGGUUGCCACAAGGGGGCAGCAUUGUCUUAAUACCUUUCCAUACUAUGUGCCCCAAAUUAAAGAGUAAACGAAUGCAUGUCUUCCUCCCCAAAUCCAGUUCUUCCCUCUUGAGUUUCUGUAUCCCUGUCUCCAUCACGCCAUGCAGCUAUGGCAGGCACUUUACAGUCACGCUUAUCUUUCUGUCGCAUGAGGGUCGUUGUGGAGCAACAUAUCCAUUCAGCUAUUUGAGAUAAGAUUCAUAAAUUUAGUGUAUGUCUUGAGAGACAUUUUACAUUGCAGAACCUGGUGCAUCCGUUUACCUUUUUUUAAUACCUGAAGUUUAGCUUUUUGAAAAGGUAAUACCGCUAGCAUUUUAUAGUAAGCUCGUUAUUUCGGUGUAACUGAGUCAUCCAAUCAGAUUAGGAAAGUCUUAUUUUUAUACAGUUUAUUUGGACUUUGUUUUGAAUUAUGUUUAAAAGCAGUGAAUGUGCCUUAUUUAAUUUGUGCCAAAAUAACCUAUAAUAAACCCAUGGGUAACUACA